GUGGACAGGGGGGUGUGUAGUUAGCUUAGCUUAGCUUAGCAUAGUUUAGCUUAACUCGGCGACCUGUGCUCCUCUGCCUGCGCGCUCCGGCGGAAUAAAGCAGCGAUAUUAAUAAAACACGCUUCCAUCUGUUGGGAACUAAAAAGCAGCAGCCGUGCCACGACGCGCCCCCACCCCCAGCGGAGCUGUCAUGUGGCAGGAGGCCCGCAAACAUGAGCGCAAGUUGCGCGGGAUGAUGGUGGACUACAAACGCCGUGGGGAACGACGGCGGGAGUACUAUGAGAAAAUCAAAAAGGACCCGGCCCAGUUCCUUCAGGUUCACGGCCGAGCCUACAAGAUCCACCUGGACUCGGCUGUAGCUCUGGCUGCUGAGAGUCCCGUCAACAUGAUGCCUUGGCAGGGCGAUACCAACAACAUGAUUGACAGGUUUGAUGUGAGGGCACAUUUAGACUACAUCCCCACCUACACACCUUCCCUCCUCAACAGCAGCACCCCUGAGCAGGAGUCUGAAGAGAGAAAGUGUAAUUAUGAGCGAUACAGGGGUCUGGUGCAGAAUGACUUUGCAAACAUCUCUGAGGAGCAGUGUUUGUACCAGAUCUACGUGGAUGAGCUGUACGGUGGCCUGCAGAAACCAAACGAGGACGAGAAGAAAAAGCUUGCAGAAAAGAAGGCUCAGAUCGGCUACACGUACGAGGACAGCACCGUGACUGAAUCUGAUGCACAGUCGGACAAAGGAGACGAGGACAACUCUGAGAACAGCGAGUCUGAGGAGGACGAGGUCAUCCCUGAUAUAGAUGUUGAAGUGGAUGUUGAUGAACUGAAUCCAGAGCAGGUGUUGGACCUGAACAAGAUGGCCACACCUUACGGCAUGGCGGAGGGAGAUUUUGUCUGGAUGUUGAGAAAGGACAAGGAGGAAGUGGAGGCCAUAAAACAUGCCAAAGCGCUGGAGGCCGAGAAGGCCAUGUACUCGGGCCGGCGCUCCCGCAGACAGAGGCGAGAGUUUCGGGAGAAGUAUAUGAAAGGCAGGCAGAUCAGCCCACCCAGUUAUGCCAGAAGAGACAGUCCAACCUAUGACCCCUACAAACGGCCCCAGUCAGAGUCGAGCUCAGAGUCCCGCUCUCGCUCCCGAACUCCAGGAAACGAUAAGAUCACCUUCAUCACCAGCUUCGGGGGCAGCGACGAGGAGGGCGCCGCUCCACCACAAGCCCCGUCAGCUGCACAGUCCAGCCACGCUCCCUCCAACCCUGCAGGUCAUAGCAGGGGCUCCCGCAGGAGGCGCUCUUCCUCCAGCCGCUCCUCGUAUUCCUCACGCUCUUCCUCACGCCGUUCCUCCCGUUCGUCUUCCCGGUCCCGGAGGAGUCGGCGAGGACGCAGCGGCAGGGACAGGGACAGCCGCGGCCGCCGGUCGCGUUCCCGGUCACGCUCGCGCCGACGCUCGGACUCCAGGUCACGGCAGCGUAGAGGCGGCAGCAACUCUAGGAGACGCUACGAAUACACACGCUCCAGAUCCACAGACCGGGACAGAGACAGGGACAGAGACCGGGACAGGGACAGGGGGAGGAACUACACAGCACGCAGACGAUCCAGGUCUCGAUCUCGCUCUCGCUCAGCUGACCGCAGUCGCCAAGGUGGGCGGAGUUCUGGUUACAGGAGGGGAGGAGUCAGCAGCAGCCCGAGCCCCUCCCGCUCACUUCCUGCCAGCAGCAGCCCCUCCCCUUCCUCCCGAUCAGCCCAGCCCGCCGCCAAUGCUCUUUCUGACAAGCUGAGAAAGCCUGACACUCCGGGUGGUAAAGAGACGGGAGCUGCCAAACCCAAGAUGACCCCGCAAGAGAAGCUGAAGCUGCGCAUGCAGAAAGCCCUCAACAAACAAUCCAAGGCGGAUAAGAAGGCGGCGCAGGUCAAAAUCCAGCAGCAGGAGCACAAGCGGCAGGAACGAGAAGGAGUGCUAAGAGCUAUGGCACGAAAAAUACGUAUGAAGGAGCGAGAGAGGCGGGAGAAGGAAAGGGAUGAGUGGGAAAGACAGUACGGACGCCAAAGCCACUCCCCCUCCCCCAACGCCAAACACAGUAGUCGAGAUUACAGCUCUUCCAGAAGCAGAAGGUCCCGCUCCAGAUCGAGGAGUCCACACUACCGGUACUAAACAAGCCACGCCCACCGUGAGGGAGGAGUCUGUGUUUGUGAAGAGGAGAGCAGGAGAUGAUGGACAUAAAGGCACAUAUUUAAAGGACUAAAAGAUUAUGAUGAAGAUGAUGAAGCCAGUUUUAAGGUUUCUGAAACUCCUGGGUUCACACCUGUCGUUAACAUGCGUCCUCUGGGUAAAGUAUUUUUCGCACUAUAAGGAGCAGCAAAAUAUAAGGUGCAUCAAUAUCAAUAAACGUCUAUUUUCAUUCAUACAUACAUACAAACCGCACUGGAUUAUAAGGUGGAUUUUAUGUGACACUAGUAAGGAACAGGGGUGUCUCCAUGUUUUCCUUCUAGUUCAUUAAAGCUAAUCUAAAACAAAACUGUAAUUCUUAAAAUAUACAUCUAAAAUAUAAACAUUUUAGACGAGUCAGACAAGUUAAACGAGUGCUGGAUGUUAAUCUACACAGAAUUCUCUCCUAAAAACUGUUUAUUUGUGCGAGUAAAGCGCUUCUACUUCUAUUUACAGUAAGCUUAGAUUUCCAAAUUUCCACUAAGGCUGAAGCAUUAGCGUUAGCAGCUAACCGCUAGCUGCCCAACAGCGCUACACUGAGGAACCCUGACUGCUCCAGUAAACCAGGGUGAUGUUAGCUAGCGGUUUGUCGCACAUAGCUUGUUUUAACAUGGUAAACACGCAGACUACAUAUACUCUACAUAUACUCUACUAAUAUACUCACCUCUGAACAGCAAAAGUGCUAGUGUUAGCACGGUUUAUGGCUAAUGCUAAUGCUGCUCCAGUAGUGCUAUCCUGGGUUUGCAGCAGGCUACAGGCCGAUAAUACUCACCUUUGGACAGCCAAAGAGCUAGCACUCAGCUCUGCGGUUAGUGGCUAAUGCUAAUGCUGCUCCAGCAGUGCUAGCAGGGGUUAGCAGCAGGCUACAGGCCGAUAAUACUCACCUCUGAGUAGACAAAGAGCUAAGCAGGGUUAGCAGCUAAUGCUAAUUCUGCUGGAGAACUAAACUGAAACUCCUGUAAAACUUUGUACUUCAGCAGAGUGGCUUUACUGCUCCUUAAUACCUGACUGGUGAAAUUCAUACAUAAGACGCACUGAUGAUUUUUGGGGAAAUAUAAAGGAUUUUAAGUGUGCCUUAUAGUGCGAAAAAUACGGUAGUCUGAUCACUACUUUACUCUACAAUUUUUCCAGUGUAAAGCAUUAUAUUAGUAUUCGCUAAAAUCAGUUUUCAACUCAUUUUAUGAAUUUUAUUUAUUGGUUGCCAUGAGCUUUGAAGGAAGACUAAAAGAACCAUCCAGAUUGUGAUCAGCAGCAAUCGUCUUGUAACAGUCCUGACAGCAAAGCCCCGCCCACUUUAACCAUAUCACCGCCCCUUUUAGGACAUGUGUAAUAACCACAAUACCACACCGCCCACCAUCCAAGCGGGUUAGCUGAGCACGCUAUGAUAGCAAGCUAAUAAAGCGAUUGAAUUAAAUUGAAUUGAAUUGAAGCUCGAUGCCUCAUAAGGACUUGAACCAAGGACUCAUUUAUUACAAUUACCAGCAAAAAUAAUGCAAAAAAAAUCCCAUUACAAGCAUCACAAGAGGCACAUUAAUGCAUGUUAAUUCCAGGUGUGAACAGAAGCUUGAGUAAUUACAUAUGAUUUUUAUUUUUAUUUUUUUAGGGUGACUAAUGAAUUUCCCUGUAAUUUCAGUGAAAAUACACUUUAUUCCCCCUGCCAUUAUGUUUCAGAACAUACCUGGGAGAUUUAUACCUUCGUUUUAGGGAUGGAUUUUUUACCCAAUAUGUGGAAAAUAGCCCUUCCUGAAUAUCUGAAUUACUCUUUUUUUGUAAAGAGGAUAAAUGAAAAUGAAAUCCAGUUGCUUCCCACUCUCCUCCUGGUCUUAACUUUACUCUAAGAAAUGAUGAAUGGUUUUGCUGUGUGAGGAAAAGAGCAAUUCUAACUCUGUACAUAUUAAUCAGUUCACUAAAACAAUGUGUGGGAAAACUCCUGAAACAGGAUGAGUGUGAUCUUAUAAAGACGCUACGUUCACUAAACUCACUCAGACCUCUGUAAAUAUCUGUGUAACUGCCAUCAUCAUCAUCAGUGCUGUUUCUGACUCAUGCUUCAUCACCCAACGUAGACCUCAAAUCCAAUCACUCAAAUAAAAUACCUACAGACAAUGAACAA